AUGCUUCUUAACUGCAUUUCCAACGCAAAGGUUGUCUAUCAUCAUGGAUUCCACCUCCUCCACGCGGUCCACGCGGUCCACGCCACCGAAACCUUUCUUACGAAUCUCCGAAGACGCGGCUGCAGAUUCCACAUCGUUUGGUUCGCCGCCCACGAAGACCUCUGCGUCCCCGACGCCACGAAUACGCUAGAAUCAUACCUGCUCACGUGCGCGAUUCCCAUCAAGCAUCUCACGCAUCAUGAUGACACAUCAGCCGCACAUGGUUUGGCGGCGAACCCAGCUCUAAAAGUCUAUUAUCUCGAUAUUGUGUACAAGCUGAGUGUGCGCAGGUAUAGCGUGGCUUUUCUUAACAACUUGGAAUUCGUCUACUCCCCAGCGCUCUCGCCAUCUGCGGAUCACUGGAGAGACUCCUCCAUCCCUGACGAUCUUAUGCUGGAGAGGGCUCUAUUCAAGCUACUCCCAAAUUAUAUAGAGGAAGUGUGCCCAUCUAUAUACAAUGAAAUCCCAGUCACUGCGAGGGACGAUCUAGCGCUAAAGAGUUUCUACGCUACGCUUGCCGAGGAACUAGACGCUUCUGUCGAGCGCUGCAUUAUGGCCUACAUUGUCCACCUCGUUCUACUUAGGCAGGUCGAUCUUUCCAAGCAGUCUCUUACCAUCGCAGUCAUAGAACUAGAACUAGAUAUACUCUAUUACGAUUCCAUUGCCGCAUUUAGCAGGAUUAGUGUUUCUAUACUAGAGGAAAUAGCGUUAUCUCCAAAUCUGGAGUGGGACAUUGCAGACCUCAUCGACAGCCAUGUCUUCUACCGUAUUCUCCAGACUGCAGACUCCUUAAAACUACCCGCCCUAAACUCCCUCAUCCCGCCUGGCAGUGUCUAUGCGAAUGACAUCUACGUCAUCAACUUUGAGCACUUCAGCUGGUUGCCGCCCUGCUUCCUCUCCUUUGAGCCCCAAAGGCGGGAAUUGCUCGACUUGAAUGAGCACGUGUGA